AUGAAUCAGGGCAGCUCACAAAAACAGUACCACUUAGAGCACUAUCUCAUCUCCAAGUUGCUUACACAGCAGAAGAGAAGGCGGCCACGAGACCCACCAACAAGAUACAGUGGGAACUCAAGAGGCGAGCUUCCAAGUGUCUUCUCUGUGCCAUCCACCCUGAACAACCUUACAAAUGAAUACCUGGUGGUGAUGGCAGCAAGUUCUUCCAAUGUCAAAGAAGGGUAUAAAAUGUCCAUUUCUGAAGAUCUAGGGACUGGAAACUUUGACCAAAGCCAAGAACAACCAGUGAUGUCAGAAAUGAUGGAACGUGGGUCCCGGUCACUGGGAGGAAUCCAAAGACGUCCAAGGGCAGAGCAAAAACCUGCUGGAUCUGGUUCAGGCCAGUCAUUUUGGAAUGUGACUGGACCUCGUCCCAAGAAAGGGGGUCAUCAGGUGCAGAUGCCCCGGAUGCCAAGAGAUCACAGUCAGGUGGAUGGCUAUCUCCAGGAUCUGGAGGCAGAUUUAGUGGCAGAGAUUGGCCUGGAAAUUCUCAAUGGGCUGGAGAUGGAAGUCAUGAGAAGGCAGAUGCAAGUGAUUUCUGGGCGGCUGCGUGCCCUUGAGGACCAGGAUGCCACGUGGCGCCAUAAGGAGGCUGUGCUCUUUAGUUUGCUGGUCUCAGUCUGCAUAGCCAACCUGUGGCUUUGGAUGCGUCAGUAAAGUUUCACAAACACCACAACCCCAUUAGAGCCAUUCCUUUCUUUCGUCUUCCCUUUGCUUUCAAGGAUGCCCUUACCCACGCCAUUCUAUCUCCCAGCAGCCCCCCAGGUAGCAGUUGGGUCAUUUUACCCCUCUGCUUGGGCCUUCUGCCUGGAGAUACGCUCACUUUAUUGUGAGAUUCUAGCUGCUGCGAGGCUAGGGAACCACUGGGUAGCACCAUACAGGUAUGCCUGGGUUGAGAUGCCUCUCCUCUGGAGGAAUUAAAGGAUGGCACCAGCCCUGAAAGAAGCACUGACAUAAACACCUAACCAUCUCUGCUUUGUGGGCCUGGUCUCUGUAACCCAACAUUGCUUUUCUUCCGUUCUCUGUGGGCAGGGUUUGCCUUUUGAUUCCUCCUUUGUUUACUUCCACACCACUCAAGCCUUUGC